AUGACCAAGGGUACUGGAUCUUUCGGCAAGCGCCACAACAAGACGCACGUUCUGUGCAGACGCUGCGGCUCCCGCUCUCUCCACGUCCAGAAGCACACUUGCUCCAACUGCGGCUACCCUAGCGCUAGCAUCAGAAAGUUCAACUGGGGCGAGAAGGCCAAGAGAAGAAAGACCACCGGUACCGGCCGCAUGCGCUCAUUGAAGCUCGUCUCCCGCAAGUUCAGCAACGGCUUCCGCAACGGCACCCCCAAGGGCGCCCGUGGCCCUACCAACGCCUCCGCCUAA